GAGUCGCUUUAACACGACUCAACAACGUUCAGUUUGCUACUCGCUUGGCUAGCUGUUGUACGUAGAUCGUACGCUUGAAUAAAAUUAAUCGACGCGUGCAUCGAUAUGAGAUUCGAAACGUUGCUGAUCUCGUUUUUAGGCAUUUUAAAUACUCACAGCAUUAUUGUCGCGUCUGUUUCGCGAAACACCCGAAAAGUACACGGCCAAGGCCACAAUCCGCAUGGAGGCAUUCAAUCGCCACCACCAGGCGACUAUGACUUGCAACCAGAUUUUUUGUCCACUUCCAGCAAUAAUAAAGGCAAAGGGCAUGGAAAUAAUGGAAAUGGUAAUGGUAAUGGACGCGGUAAUGGUAAUGGUAAUGCCAAUAAGAACGGCAGUAAUAAGGGCUUGCAAGGCUUUGUCUUAGACACGGAGUUGCUUGGAGGCAUUCAAUCGCCAUCACCAGGCGACUAUGGCCUGCAACCAGAUUUUUUGUCCAGUUCCAGCAAUAAUAAAGGGAAUGGGCAUGGUAAUGGUAAUGGACGCGGCAAUGGUAACAGUAAUGGCAAUGGCAAUAAGAACGGUGCUAAUAAGGGUUUACAGGGCUUUGUCUUAGCCACGGAGUCGGGCAACGUUGAGUCGGCGUUAGACUGUGAGAACCCAAACGGUCCUGGUAAUGGACAUGGCAAGGGUCAUGCCUAUGGUCAUUGUCGUGGCAAGGGUAAUAAGUUUGGCCCUAAACGACCGCCACCUGGUCUUUAUAAACGUUUCGCCGCUAUCUAUAGCGAUGUCGAUCGGAAAGUUGAUGGCGCGCGUUAUGAUGAGGCGCUCGAGAAUGAUGAAGUCAAUGAUGAUUUCAAUGGACGAUCGAUUGUAGCGCCCGGACAGUAUCCGCAUAUGGCUGCGCUGGGUUUUCGCACUUACACCGACAACUACGAUUACAAAUGUGGCGGCAGUUUAAUUAAUGAAGUUUUUGUUUUAACUGUUGCGCACUGUUGCUAUCACAGCGGUCAAGCUCCCGAAGUGGUCAAAGUGGGCGACAUCAAUUUGAAAAACAUUGAAUUGGAUGAUAUUUUUCAAGUGCGUCCUGUUGCUGAAAUACAAGCGCAUCCUUGGUACAACUCUUCAUAUAACUAUCAUGACAUAGCGUUGAUCCGUUUGGCACAGUCAGUGAUCUACACAAACUUUGUGCGGCCGAUACGUUUAUGGGUCAGCGAUGACAUUCCGUACGACAGACUUCAUGCAAUGGGUUAUGGUUCGACCGCUUUUGCGCAUGCUCCAACAAAUGUGUUAACCGAAUUGGAGUUGUCCAUUGUGCCGCUGUUACAAUGUAAUCAAACUCUACCUUCAGAUACUGGUACACCAGAUGGACUGUUGGAGUCACAGAUAUGUGCUAAAGAUUUUGAAAAAAAUCGUGACACCUGUCAGGGCGACUCGGGUGGACCACUACAAUUGAACUUGAUGCGUAAGAAUAGAAAACACUUUCGUUAUUAUUUGAUUGGAAUGACUUCGUAUGGAACGGUUUGUCGUAGCGCAUAUCCUGGAGUGUAUACGCGUGUCUCCUCGUACAUUGAAUGGAUCACAUCAGUUGUUUGGCCAGAUUAUUACAGCAACUAUUUCCCGGCGGAACAGUAAUCGAAUAUACAUAAACAAAAUGACAACCUACAUACAUAUACAUAUAUAGAUUUACUUAAGACGCGUGGAUUUGCUUGGCCUGAUGGACAAAAGAAGAAGAAGAAGGGAAAACGUUAAAGAUCACCACCACACAGCUGACGCCAUUCAAUCAAAACAAGUGUAAAAAACAAUAUACUUAAUAAAAACGAAUUUUAAAAUUA